AUGUACCUGAGCCGGAGGAGGAGGCUUUGCUGUAACCGGGUUCUGUUUCUGGUUUCCGGAUUGAUCAUUUGCUCCGUCCACCAGCUGCUGAGCGGCAACUUGGAGCUUUCAGGACCGCGGACAGCGUCCAGGGAAGCAGGAGACGGCGAAGCGUCACCCUCCCCGGGCCAACUGGUCACCCGGAGCCGCAAACUCCUGCAAACUACCGGUAGCAGCAGCGCCACAGCCCUGACCCCCUCUCCCGGGGCCUCCUCUCCCGGGACCCCCACUCCCGGGGCCUCCUCUCCCGGGACCCCCACUCCCGGGGCCCCCGCUCCAGGGACCCCCCCUCGCGGGACCCCCUCUCCCGGGGCCACCUCUCCCAGGACCCCCUCUCCCGGGACACCCGCUCCCGGGGGCUCGACUCCAACGAUUCCCAAACCCAGAACUCACAAUUCCGGGAACCGCACUCCCAGGGCCCCCAACCCCAAUCCCGGGCCCCCUGCUCCCCGGACCCCCAGUCCCUGGACCUCCAAGCCCGGGACCCGCACUCCCUCUCCCGGGAUAAUCCCAAGCAGCAUCCCUCUCGGCCAUAGUAAGGGCGAGUACCCGAUGGACCUGUUCAGUGUGGAACAGCGCAGGCAUGGCUGGGUGGUCCUGCACGCCACUGGCAUGGUUUAUAUGUUCAUUGCUCUGGCGCUGGUCUGCGAUGAAUUCUUUGUCCCGUCUUUAGGGGAAAUUAUCGAGAAACUGCAAAUCUCGGACGAUGUGGCCGGGGCCACGUUCAUGGCAGCGGGAGGCUCUGCUCCCGAGCUCUUCACCUCCCUGAUCGGAGUCUUCAUCUCCCACAGUAACGUGGGCAUCGGUACCAUCGUGGGCUCGGCCGUCUUUAACAUCCUCUUCGUAAUCGGGAUGUGUGCAAUCUUCUCCCGCGAAAUCCUGCACCUGACCUGGUGGCCCCUGUUCCGGGACGUGUCCUUCUACAUUUUGGAUCUGAUCAUGUUAAUCAUCUUCUUCCUGGACAAUCUGAUCGAGUGGUGGGAAAGUCUCCUCUUACUGUCUGCCUACAUCAGCUACGUCUGCUUCAUGAAAUUCAACGCGAAAAUGGAGCGCUGGUUUAAGGGCAACAUAAUUAACAACAAUAACGUGGUUAAAGUGAUGUCGAUGAUGAACCCGGUCAAGCCCAAAGCGAUUCUAACUCGAGGAAGCAGCACGCCAUCACUACACAACAGCAUGUUGCGGAACACUAUCUUUCAGCUCAUGAUCAAUACUCUGGACCCCUUGGCUGAAGUGAAAUUUAAGCAGAAGGCUGAAAUAAUGAACAGUUUGGCAAAGGGCAAGGGAAGUUCAAAAGAUCAACAAGGAAACAAUAUGAAAGAAGAAAGAGAGGAAACAGAUUUUCCCAACAUGGUGAAUGUUGAAGUGACUCCCCCAACUGACCCAUCAAGUCCAUCAUCACCAACAGAAGGUGCCGAGGAUGAAGAAAAUCUCAUUAAAGACCAGGAAACAAAUGAUCAGUGUGAAGAUGCUGGAAAUAAUGAUGGUGAUGAAAAUGAUGGCAGUGAUAGUGAUUCUGAAGAUAGUGACGAGGAUGAUGACAGUGAUGAAGAUAGUGAUGAGGAGGAUAAUGAAGAAGAGGAAGAAGAGGAAACCAAUGAAGAAGAACCUUUGAGUCUUGAAUGGCCAGACACCCGACGGAAACAGGUCACUUACCUGUGCCUACUUCCUAUCGUGUUCCCGCUCUGGCUAACGGUGCCUGAUGUACGAAACGCAGCUUCAAAGAAAUACUUUAUUGGGACCUUUUUUGGAUCUAUUCUGUGGAUUGGUGCUUUUUCAUAUUUGAUGGUGUGGUGGGCCCACCAGGUUGGUGAGACAAUUGGUAUUUCUGAAGAGAUAAUGGGUUUAACCAUCCUUGCUGCGGGCACCUCUAUCCCUGACCUCAUCACUAGUGUCAUUGUCGCUCGCAAAGGUCUGGGGGACAUGGCAGUGUCCAGCUCAGUGGGAAGCAACAUCUUUGACAUCACAGUUGGGCUUCCUGUGCCCUGGUUGCUGUAUGCUACCUUUCACAGAUUCACUGCGGUUCCAGUCAGCAGUAAUGGCCUGUUCUGUGCCAUUGUUCUACUCUUCCUGAUGUUGCUGUUUGUAAUCAUUUCCAUUGGCUUCUCAAAGUGGAAGAUGAACAAAUUCUUGGGCUUCACCAUGUUUUGCCUCUACUUUACGUUUUUAAUCAUCAGCGUGAUGUUGGAGGACAGAAUCAUAGUAUGCCCGGUUUCCAUAUGA